AUGGGAAAUGUAAUGGGCACAGCAAGUGCUGGUGAGCCAACUAAUCAAGAUGCUUAUGUAUUCUGGUUUAACUUGAAUCAGACAUUUGCACAUCCAGACACAUUACAUUUAAGAUUCCAACCUUUUAUGGUCGAUAUUCAGAAUGCAGAGUUGGAGGAAUCGGAAGCGAGAAUGAAUGCACAGCGCUCAAGUAGACAAUAUAUGAUGGGUAGGGAUCGCGGUGGAUCAAUGUCCGAAGAGACCUAUAUCGUCACGGGCCAACAGCGCGAGGAUGGCCGACUGUCGCCCUCAUCGACAUCGCGCAUCUCCUUUGCCAACGAGACUCCACAGAUUGAAAAGAUGAACAGGAACCUGCUACAGAUCAUCAAUUGCAAGCUGCAGCUGAUCCCGCCCGAACUCAAUCACAUCACACUCAAUCUCGACAACCAUCCAAUCACCGAGCGACUGAUGCUGACGAUCUGUGCGACCAUCAUCGACAAUAAUGAGCGCUAUCACAAUCGACACAUGACCACGACGUUCAAGGACACGCCGAUCAACACCAUCCGACGCAAGCGCAUCCAAUCUGACUUUGACAACCUGAUCACGCAGUACUAUUUCAACAUCACCAAGCUGUCGCUCAAGAAGACGUUCCUGUCCGAUCGCAGCCUCGAGGCGCUGUCGCAGGCAUUGCGAACCAAUCAUUCAAUUCUCGAGCUGGAUCUGGGCGGCAACGAGCUGAUGUCAUCUGGCAUCGCCAUGGUGACGGCGGGUCUGCGCUACAACAAGUCUGUCACACGACUCAACAUGAGUGAUGUGCGAGCUUUUGACGAAGGUGCAUUCAUUCUCUCGGCCUUCCUCAUGACCAGCAAGACACUGCGCAUACUUGAUCUGUCCACCAAUCACAUCACUGACAAGGGAUUCGAAGUGCUCAAGCAGGCAACAAUCAGAAACACCUAUAUCUCAUCAUUAUACCUCUCGGACAACAACAUUGACUCAACCAAACUCUACUCUUUAUCACAUAUACUCAAUCGAAAUAGCAGUGUACAAUAUGUGUUCGAGACGAUAUUCAACAAUAUGAAGUUUAACAGACGAUUUAAGAACAAAUUACAAUCAGUGAGGAAGACAUUGGCUCAAUCUCAGCAGGGCGGUCGUGGCGAUGCUUCGCAGGACGACGGUGACAGAACACCCAUCUUCAAGAUGCUGGGUGCCAAGGGACAGCAGGCAGUGCCCGAGCAGAAACCAAGCAACAGGUUCAUCAUUGGAAUGAGCGAGACGAUUGGAAAGAGACCGUCCAUGGAGGAUAGGAUGGUGGCAUACGGCUGCUAUCGGAGCACAGACAAUUGUGAACUGUAUUGCGUGUUUGAUGGACAUGGAGGCAAAUCUGCAUCAGACUAUGCCGCGGACAACAUCUAUCGAAUCUUUGGCGAGUUCCUCGACUCCAAGAAGACACCAGGCGAGGCGUUCAAGCUGGCAUACCAAAAGAUACACACUCACAUUUCACCAUGGCCAUUCAUUGGAACAACUGCCGCCUCUGUAUAUAUUAAGGACAACAUGGUGUGCAUUGCCAAUGUUGGAGACACACGAGUUGUGAUGGGUACUCUGAACGACGACCAUCAAUUCGUAUCCGAACGUCUAACUUUUGAUCAUAGACCAGUGGAGGACACAGAGCGAAAGAGGAUUAUCAGUGCCGGUGGCACCAUACUGAAUGGACGCGUAAAUGGCAUGCUUGCCGUGUCCAGGGCAUUGGGCGACUCAUUCCUCACGCCCUACGUCUCCACCGACCCUUACAUCAAGAACAUCACAAUCACAGAGAAGAACAAAUUCCUGAUAUUGGCAUGCGAUGGAGUUUGGGAUCUGAUAUCCGAUGAGGAAGCUGUCAAAGUGAUAUCAACAAUACCCGAUCCAGCAAAGUCAAGCGAGACACUGCGGGACCUUGCCUUUUCACAAGGAAGUACGGACAACAUCAGUGUCAUGAUUGUCAAGCUGCACGACUAUUGA